AUCAAGUAAACUAUUUAUAAGACACUUUAAUCCAACGUAAACUGAUAAUUGCGAUAAGAACAACGACUUGUUGUUUCUCAGCGCGAGAGCUUGCCACGUGAUAGUGGAUAACACCCGGAACUGGGCUAAUUACUAUGGCUCGGCUCGGGCAUCGGUGGCAGGCUGUUUUUGCGGUCAUUUUGACCCUCCCGGGCGUCUGCGGGGGGUCAGACGGCGUGUGUAGACAGACCGAGGAGGGGGUGGAGUGCGAUGGGGAAGAUGGGUACAGAUUAACCCGUCUAGACGGAGGCAAGGUGGGUGACGUGAAGGAGGUGCAACUUGAUGGCAGGACACUGACCUUGACGACCCUCAGUUUGAAACCAUUGUUAUUUGAAAUUCCGGACUUCUUGACGGCGGAGGAAUGUGACCAUUUUGUGUCCUUGGCCAAGACUGAGGGUCUGGAGAACAGCCAGACCACCACAGGGGGUGGAAGUGCACCCCCACAGUUCCAGAUCCUGGACAGCAAUGGGGACAAGAAGUUAACAGUAGAUGAGAUGCGGCUAACAAUUGAGAAUGGUUUUGACAUAUAUCCUGACAAUGAAGACGUAUUACAGCUUUAUGCUGAUACCAAACUGGAUCGUAAUGGUGACGGUCUGAUCACACCAGAUGAGAUGGAGGGUUUGACCCCAAAUGGUUUUAAGAACUAUUUGUCAGAUUUUGUCAAGAAACAACCUGAAAAACACUCUCGCUUCAGCAACCAAGUUUGGCUCUAUCCAGACAAAUCAUCGGACACAGUAUUCAAAGCAGUCCAAGAGAGAGUCUCCAUGGUGACAGAGCUUCCUGUAGAACUUGUCCGUAUGAGUGACUUUCAGGUUGUUCAGUAUGAUGUCAAAGGUCACUACAAUGCCCAUCAUGACUCAUCAAAACUGAGCUCCACUGUGCCGUGCUGUAAGCGGUUUGAUAGACGGAAGUGUCGGAUAUGCAGGUACAUGACGGUUCUGUUUUACCUCAAUGACGUGGAGAAAGGUGGGGAAACAGCCUUUCUUGUGGCUGACAAUGAAACCGUUCACGAUGAUGUAUUGAGGGAGAGCAAUCAAGUGAAUCUCUACCGUCGUUGUGCAGACGCACGUCUGAAGGUCAAACCUGGCAAGGGCAAGGCAGUCAUGUGGUACAACCAUUUUGUGAAGGAAGACAAUCAGUGGUUAGGGGAACAGGAUGACUUUGGUAUACAUGGCGGCUGUGCAGUCUUGUCAGGAGAAAAGUGGAUUGGUAACUUCUGGAUAAAGGUUACAGAUGAUAAGGAUGACGAUACGAAAAGAAUGUUGAAACUUAAGUAUUAAAUAUAAAUAUGAUUUGUUUAAAACGAUGACACAUGGAAUAAUAGAACAUAUUCUUUAAAACAAUAACGACAUUUUCAGGGGCAACAGGGGCCUUGGUUGCAAUAGCGUCAUGAUUAAUGAUGCCAUUUUAAUCAAUAUUCGCUCGCUCACUCACUUAAAAAAGGAUUGGUAUCCUACCUUGAAUUUUGUGGAGUAUUUUGCAAGGAAGUCAUAACACAAAAAGUACCAUUUUAGGGAAAUGCAAUGCAAAUGUUUUAUCUUUUAAUAAUUAUACUAGUCAGCCAUGAUAAUAAUUACUUAUGAUUUUGGGGAAAAUGACUAAACCCAGAUAUUAUUAACUGUGUCAAUGAGGGUCUCUGUUUUAUGUUUGACUUUACCUGUGUCCAGUAUAUUCUUUCAUCCUACAAAUUAUAUCUGAUUAAUUUGAUGUGUGAGAAGACUGAGUACCUUGUUGCUCUCAGGUUUCUUUUGGAUUUUGGUUGUUGGCAAUAUCUCCAUGACCUGGGUCAGACAAACUAAUGGUCGACAUCAUGAACAUUGUUCCAUACAACGAUCAACAACCCCAGCCUAAUCUCAACCCAUUAACCAACUUGUUCAUCUCUUAUGACAAGCAAUAGUGCUGGGGACAAAACUGUUCUGGCCUUGCUGCAUGCUUGUUGUAAAAGGCGACUAACAGGAUUGGAUCGUCAGGCUUGCUUCCUUGGCUGAUUCAUGUGAUCGUAUCACAUAUGCAUAGAUCGAUACAAAUGAUGUGAAUCACUGGAUUGUCUAGUCCAGACUCAAAUAUUUAACCUUUGUAUAGCUGGAACAUUGGUUAGUGUGGCUUUAACCUCUAGCCUGCUGAAUUAAUUUCAGCAUAAGGCGUUGUAAAGAGGGUGGGUGAUUUCUAACAGUCGGUGUGUCAUUAAAAAAGGGACAACGACAAAAAAUAUUGGGCACAUUAAUACUAGAUAGAAAAAUGAACAUUAUUAUCCAAAAAUAUCCUGAUAAUUUCA